UGUUGGCGGAAGCGGUGCCUCCUGUGCGGUGGAAACGGGCGCGUCUGUGGGCGCAGUCUCCUGCCUCUUUGCCUGGCUGGUGUCUCGGCGCUGGGAAGCAGCGGCCGACGGGAUGGAGAAAAGUAGGAUGAACCUGCCCAAGGGGCCGGACACGCUCUGCUUCGACAAGGACGAGUUCAUGAAGGAAGAUUUCGAUGUGGAUCAUUUCGUGUCGGACUGCAGGAAGCGAGUCCAGCUGGAGGAGCUGAGAGAUGACCUGGAGCUCUACUAUAAGCUUCUGAAAACUGCCAUGGUGGAGCUCAUCAACAAGGAUUAUGCAGAUUUCGUCAACCUGUCAACCAAUUUGGUUGGCAUGGACAAAGCCCUCAACCAGCUUUCCGUGCCUUUGGGACAACUGCGAGAAGAGGUUCUGAGUCUUAGGUCAUCUGUGAGUGAAGGAAUCCGGGCAGUAGAUGAACGAAUGUCUAAACAAGAGGACAUUAGGAAAAAAAAGAUGUGUGUGUUGAGGCUUAUCCAAGUUAUUCGAUCAGUUGAGAAAAUUGAAAAGAUCUUAAAUUCUCAAAGUUCUAAAGAAACACAUGCGCUAGAAGUACGCAGCCCACUUCUGACUGGACAGAUUUUGGAGAGAAUUGCCACGGAAUUUAACCAGUUACAGUUUCAUGCUGUUCAGAGCAAAGGCCUGCCUCUUCUCGACAAAGUGAGACCACGCAUAGCAGGCAUUACGGCCGUGUUACAGCGGUCGCUGGAGGGCCUCCUGUUAGAAGGGCUUCAGACUUCUGAUGUCGACAUAAUACGGCAUUGCCUCCGGACUUAUGCCACAAUAGACAAGACGCGGGACGCAGAGGCAUUAGUGGGUCAAGUGCUCGUGAAACCCUACAUGGAUCAGGUGAUUAUAGAGCAGGUUGUUGAAUCUCGUCCAGAUGGCCUUCAGACCAUGUAUAAGAAGCUCCUGGAGUUUGUCCCUCACCAUUGCCGCCUUCUUCGAGAAGUCACAGGUGGAGCCAUCUCCAGUGAAAAAGGUAAUACUGUUCCUGGAUAUGAUUUUUUGGUGAAUUCUGUCUGGCCAGAAAUAGUACGAGGAUUAGAAGAGAACUUGCCCUCACUUUUCAACCCUGGGGACCCAGAUGCAUUUCACAAGAAAUAUACCAUAAGUAUGAAUUUUUUAAGAACAUUUGAACGGCAGUGUGGAUCCCAGGCCAGUGUAAAAAGAUUAAGAGCACAUCCUGCCUAUCACAGCUUCAACAAUAAGUGGAACUUGCCUGUUUAUUUUCAACUCAGAUUCAGAGAAAUAGCGGUGUCCUUAGAAGCGGCACUUACAGAUGUACUGGAAGACGCUCCAGCCGGAAGUUCGUUUUGCCUCUUGGCUUCUCACAGAACAUGGAGCAGCCUUCAGAGGUGCUGGUCAGACGCCAUGUUCCUGCCAUCACUCGCGCAUCGUCUGUGGAGACUCACGCUGCAGAUUUUGGCGCGGUACUCCGUGUUUGUCAAUGAGCUUAUACUCAGGCCCAUCUCUAAUGAAAGUGCCAAGGAUAUUAAAAAUCCUGUGGUAACUGGUAGCAAAGACCCUUCUGUUACCCAAGGAAAUAGUGAAGACCAGGGCGGUGGCCCCUCUGAAAGCAAGCCAGCGGCCUCCGUUUCCAGCACUCAGCUCGUGUAUGUGGUCGCAGACCUGGACAGGCUCCAGGAGCAGCUUCCAGAACUCUUGGAAACAAUCAAGCCAAAACUUGAAAUGAUUGGCUUUAAGAAUUUUUCUUCUGUCUCAGCGGCCCUGGCGGACUCCCAGCUGUCCCUGUCGGCCUGUGUGCCGCCCUUGAGUAGCAGAAUUGUCCGAGACUUGAGUGAGUCUUGCUUCAGUUACCUGAAAAGUGCCCUGGAGGUUCCCCGGCUCUACCGAAGAACCAAUAAGGAGGUGCCAACGACAGCUUCCUCGUAUGUGGACAGUGCCCUGAAGCCGUUUUACCAGCUUCAGAGUGGGCACAAGGAUAAGCUCAAACAAGCACUAAUUCAGCAGUGGUUAGAAGACGCUCUCUCUGAGAGUACUCAGAAGUACUGUGAGACUGUGUCUGACAUCCUGCACUCCGUGAGGAAGAUGGAGGAGAGCCUGAAAAGGCUCAAACAAGCCCGGAAAACCACCUCCCCCAACCCCGGCGGGUCCGGCGGCGGCAUGAGUGAUGAUGACAAAAUCAGGCUGCAGCUGGCCUUGGAUGUUGAGUACUUAGGAGAACAGAUACAGAAGCUGGGCCUGCAAAGCAAGGACAUAAAGAGCUUCCCGGCUCUCACCGCGCUUGUUGCUGCCGCCAAGGACCAGGCAACAGCAGAGCAGCCAUAGGCGUCUCUGCGGGAGAAGACGGCUCUCCUGUCACCAGCCUCAGCCUCUGCAGCAGAGAGCUUGCACCAAAUCUCAGCCACACGCAUUGCGGCCUGCCCAGCGCGCCUGGGGCUCCUCCCCCAGAAACACAAAGGCCUUUUCCGUUGUAUGGAAGAUCGUUUUUAAGACAUGUGAAACUUUCUACUAUAGUUUACAGAGCAAAUUAUUUUAUUUUUAUCGUAAAUCUUAGUGAGGAAGAGGUGAUUUCUAAAAUAUUGAAGUAACUAUGUGUACGCAUAUGAAGUGCCCUCUGACCCUGCAGCUAGGAGCCACUGACUGCAGGGGGGGACCCGUGUGUGCACCACGCUUCUCCAGACAAAUGUCUGCACAUUGACCACCUUCAAAAGAGGCUGUAAAACGGCAGCCCUCCCUUCUCCCACGGGAUUUAAAAACAGGUCGUGCUCAUCACCCGGAUCUCCAUCAGGAGCUGGGACCGCUCUGGAGGAUUAUUUUCUAAAUAAAG